AUGCGCCUGGCUAGAGUUCUUCACCUGGUGGUUGAGCUGCGUACCAUGGUAUCCUCCAUCGUGGCAUCUUUGAAGCCACUCUUUUGGGCCACCUUGCUGUUCUCGAUGCUCAUCUAUGCAGUGGCUGUGGCCAUGACCCAGAUGGCCAACGAGUUUCGGGCGGAGAAAGGUGAAGUGGAUACAGAAUUGAACAGGUAUUUCAGCAGCCUGGGCACCGCAGUCCUGGCACUAUGGGAAUGCAUUUCUGGGGGCAUGGACUGGCAGGACUUGGCGCAACCGAUGAUUGAGGACAUCUCCCCAAUCAUGGGCGUGGUUUUUUCUGCGUACGUUGCAUUUUCCGUGCUGGCCAUGAUGAAUGUCAUUACAGGCAUCUUUGUGGACAAUGCCAAGACUUAUGCGCAGCAAGACAAGGACACGUACGUGGUGCGUCAUGUCCUGAACCUCUUCAAGCAGAGUGACUUGAGCGAGUCCACGGCUAUUGACUGGAUCGAUUUCCAGGCCAAGCUGGACACGCGAGAGCUGCAGGAGCUAUUUGCUGCUGUGGAAGUUGAUGUGGCAGACGCGCGGAGUCUGUUCAAACUCAUUGACACAGACAACAGCGGCAGCGUCACACCGGACGAGCUGAUGCGAGGUUGGUUGCGCCUGCAGGGCCCCGCCAAGGCGUUGGACUUGUCCUUGCUGCUGCGGGACUCCAGUCGAAACUUUGACUCUGUCCAAAG